AUGUACAGCCACAGUACAGCCCCAGUACAGUACAGCCAUAGUACAGCCUCAGUACAGUACAGCCCCAGUACAGCCUCAGUACAGUCUGGGUACAGCCAUAGUACAGCCUCAGUACAGUACAGCCCCAGUACAGCCUCAGUACAGUCUGGGUACAGCCACAGUACAGCCCCAGUACAGCCUCAGUACAGUCUGGGUACAGCCACAGUACAGCCCCAGUACAGCCCCAGUAUAGCCUCAGUACAGUACAGCCCCAGUACAGUACAGCCCCAGUACAGUACAGCCCCAGUACAGUACAGCCUCAGUACAGCCCCAGUACAGUACAGCCCCAGUACAGCCCCAGUACAGUACAGCCCCAGUACAGCCCUAGUACAGUACAGCCCCAGUACAGCCUCAGUACGGCCCAGUACAGCCCCAGUACAGUACAGCCCCAGUACAGUACAGCCCAGGUACAGCCCCAGUAAAGUACAGCCUCAGUACAGUACAGCCUCAGUACAGCCCCAGUACAGCCCCAGUAUAGCCUCAGUACAGUACAGCCCCAGUACAGUACAGCCCCAGUACAGUACAGCUCCAGUACAGUACAGCCUCAGUACAGCCCCAGUACAGUUCAGCCCCAGUACAGCCCCAGUACAGCCCCAGUACAGCCCCAGUACAGCCCCAGUACAGCCCCAGUACAGUACAGCCCCAGUACAGUACAGCUCCAGUACAGUACAGCCUCAGUACAGCCCCAGUACAGUACAGCCUCAGUACAGCCCCAGUACAGUACAGCCCCAGUACAGCCCCAGUACAGCCCCAGUACAGCCCCAGUACAGUACAGCCCCAGUACAGCCCCAGUACAGCCCCAGUACAGCCCCAGUACAGUACAGCCCCAGUACAGUACAGCCCCAGUACAGCCCCAGUACAGCCCCAGUACAGCCCCAGUACAGUACAGCCCCAGUACAGCCCCAGUACAGUACAGCCCCAGUACAGCCUCAGUACGGCCCAGUACAGCCCCAGUACAGUACAGCCCCAGUACAGCCCCAGUACAGCCCCAGUACAGCCCCAGUACAGCCCCAGUACAGUACAGCCCCAGUACAGCCCAAGUACAGCCCCAGUACAGCCCCAGUACAGUACAGCCCCAGUACAGCCCCAGUACAGCCCCAGUACAGCACCAGUACAGUACAGCCCCAGUACAGUACAGCCCCAGUACAGUACAGCCCCAGUACAGCCCCAGUACAGUACAGCCCCAGUACAGCCCCAGUACAGUAUAGCCCCUGUACAGUACAGCCCCAGUACAGCCCCAGUACAGCCCCAGUACAGUACAGCCCCAGUACAGUACAGCCCCAGUACAGUACAGCCCCAGUACAGCCCCAGUACAGCCCCAGUACAACCCCAGUACAGCCCCAGUACAGCCCCAGUACAGCCCCAGUACAGCCCCAGUACAGUCUCAGUACAGUCUCAGUACAGUCUCAGUACAGUACAGCUAUGUGUAGUAGCAAGCACGGACCAGCUAACGACCCACAGGGACCAGCUAACGACCCACAGGGACCAGCUAACGACCCACCCCACAGGGACCAGCUAACGACCCAAAGGGACCAGCUAACGACCCACAGGGACCAGCUAACGACCCACAGGGACCAGCUAACGACCCACAGGGACCAGCUAACGACCCACAGGGACCAGCUAACGACCCACAUGGACCAGCUAACGACCCACAGGGACCAGCUAACGACCCACAGGGACCAGCUAACGACCCACAGGGACCAGCUAACGACACACAUGGACCAGCUAACGACACACAGGGACCAGCUAACGACCCACAGGGACCAGCUAACGACCCACAGGGACCAGCUAACGACCCACAGGGACCAGCUAACGACCCACAGGGACCAGCUAACGACACACAUGGACCAGCUAACGACACACAGGGACCAGCUAACGACACACAGGGACCAGCUAACGACCCACAGGGACCAGCUAACGACCCACAGGGACCAGCUAACGACCCACAGGGACCAGCUAACGACCCACAGGGACCAGCUAACGACCCACAGGGACCAGCUAACGACCCACAGGGACCAGCUAACGACACACAUGGACCAGCUAACGACACACAGGGACCAGCUAACGACACACAGGGACCAGCUAACGACCCACAUGGACCAGCUAACGACACACAGGGACCAGCUAACGACCCACAGGGACCAGCUAACGACACACAGGGACCUAUCUUGUCUUCAUCUAUUCCCAGCUGCUUAG